AAAAUUGUUUUAUAUUUUUAACUUCUAUACCACUGCUCCCAUGGAUAUUCUUACGAAGAAGAAACAAAUUCAAUCCAGAAUAUUAUUGCGUCCGGUGUUUGUUCCUCCUGAUCUUAUCACGGAAAUUCUCUCUCUCCUUAGUGUGAAAAACAUCCAAAGAUUCAGGUGCGUAAGCAAAUCUUGGAACACUUUCAUCUCUGAUUCAAUUUUUACCAAAAUGCACAUUAAGUUAUCGUCUCAAAACCCUCAUUUCAUACUAUCAAUUCCUGAAUAUCCUCUAACUUGUGUGGUAUCGGUACUCGUAAAUCAAUUACUCGAGAGUCGUUCACUAACUAUUGCUAGUGAGACUUGCUUGAGUCCGAGAUGGGGAAUUUAUGAAGUUGUUGGUUCAUGCAAUGGAUUGCUAUGUGUAAUUUUCAAUUCUAUCACUAAUGAAAAAACGAAGUACAAAUUCUGUUUAUGGAACCCAGCAACAAGGACAAUAUCUGAAAAAUUAGGAUUUUUUUGCGACUACGAGCCUUCAUUAGGCCCUUUCAAGUUUAGUUUUGGUUGCGAUUAUUUAACAGGAACAUAUAAGAUAGUGGCACUUCAUACCCAACGAAAUGAAGACGGUGAGAACCAUGACGAUACUUGGAUAAGCAAGGUGAGAGUUUUUAAUUUAGGUGACAAUUUGUGGAGAGAUAUUCAAAGUUUUUCGUCGGCUCCUCUAAUUUGGAAUAAGGGUGUGCAUUUGAGUGGAACUAUUAAUUGGUUGUCUAUUCAGGGUUCUUACAUAUCCUUGUCUGAUGGAGAAAGAUUUAGAGCUUUAAUUCCAGAUGUUAAACAAUUGGUGAUUGUUUCACUUGAUCUUUCGACAGAAACAUACAGAAAGUUUUUGCUUCCUCAGGAUUUUAUUGAGGUCCCGUGCCUUGAGCCAUCUCUUCGGGUUAUGAUGGACUGCCUUUGUUUUUCACACGAUUUUAAUAAAAUUGAGUUUGUUAUAUGGCAAAUGAAGGAGUUUGGAGACCAUCAGUCUUGGACUCAACUAUUCAGAAUUGAAUAUUCUAAUCUUCAAAUCAAUAACCCUCCCAUUGAAGUUGACUUUUUUUAUGUUGAUUACAUGAAAUGCGAGAUUCCAUUAUUGCCGCUAUAUAUUUCGAAGGAUGGAAAUACACUAAUAUUGGCACAUGAUGAAAUUUACGCAGUAAUUAUCUAUAAUCAACUAGAUAAUACUGUAAAGAGAACUAGAAUUUCCAAUGAAGUAGACUGGUUCACGGCUGUUGAUUAUGUUGAAAGCUUGGUUUCAACUGAUUGGAAAUCUGGAGAUGGGGAUAGAGAUGAAGAUGAUGAUGAAGAAGAUGAUGAAUAUGAAGAUGAACUAACUGACAUUGAUAUUGGGUUUGGUGGAUGGACUAUCAAAGUAUAGAAAGGAAUCAGUUGGGAAUAAUAAUCUUCAUUUUGUUAUAUAUGUAGCAACACAUAUGUAUGGUAUCUGCAAGUUCUCUCAGUUGUUGUUUGUGUCAUUUAAUAUUCUAGCUUGUAGAGUCAUAGUCACUUAUUCUAAAGACAUUAGAUGACUUCUCUUAACAUGUUGGAGAAUCUUUGUAAGAACUAUUUAUGUAACUUGAGCUCAGUUUAUUGAUAGUUUUAAUUAUUUUUCUAUGGUAUGCAGUUCAGCUUGGGUUCCAAUGUUAUCUGUUAUCCAGAAAAUUGGGGAUUAAAAAUUCAUAUGUCCCAUAUUUGUUUAGGUAAUAAUUUUGAAUUUACUUUGAUCUACACUAGUAAAAUUUGGAAAUUAAAUUAAGUUUACUCAAUUGGAAUCACUAUGUGGAAUUUGGGUUUGGCUUGAGUGACUUUGGAACAAUGGUGACUUGGUAACUUUAGUGCAAUGGUGUGCUUUGAGUGGAACUGUUAAUUGGUUAGCUAUUUGCGGUGCUAUCACAUAAUUUAUGAUGGAGGAAUAUUUCGAGCUUCAUUUCCAGUUAAAUAAUUGGUGAUUGUUUCGCUUGAUCUUUCGACCGAGACAUACACACAGUUUUUGCUUCCUAAGGGUUUUAUUGAGCUG